CUCUGUAUUGCUUUAUGCACUUUUCCCAUCAGCCUUAUGGGGAGCAAAGGAAAAGACAACCAGAACAGAGGCUCUUGCUACAUAUUGUGUGCCAGCACACAGGGCAUCUUCCCAGCCAUUGAGUAGCCUAGAUACUGAAAUUUCACCACUGAACCUUUCUAUCCGUAACCGAAACCUUGUGCUGUUAUAGUGCAGAUGUUCCUCUGCUGAGUAGGAGUUUGCAGCACUCCCUGUUCUUGCUUCUGAUGGCACUGGCUCAUACUUCCCUAUAGGAAUUUUUUUUUUUUCCGGAAUUUUCAGUUUCUGCUCUUUCACCUCAAUCUCACUGAGUCUUUGUGGCUUCCCAAGACCAGACUUCUACUAGCAAAUGACUUCCAUACAGGUGCAACCUUGCAGCCCAGCAGAGCUUGGAGCUGUUUCAUUAUCUUGGACAAGUGUUACCUCUGGUCAUGUUGCCCUACUUUCUAUCACAGAGGGGAUAGAAAGCUUGGCUGUGGGAGCCCAUGAAACCACUGAUGGAAGCCAUGUUACCUGGGCAUCGCACCAUGAACCCCUGUCCUGUGUGGGAGCAAAAGAAUGGCUGUGUGUACCUGUUCUUCAUCUGUGUCCAGAGCCAUGUCACUGAGCGUCAUCAGAUUAUGACAGGCAGGAAUGCCGCCCGCCUCUGCCUCAUCUACAGCCAGGAUGCUGGAUGUUCAUGGAGUGAAGUGAGGGACUUGACUGAGGAGGUCAUUGGUCCAGAGAUAGAGCAUUGGGCCACGUUUGCCGUGGGCCCUGGUCAUGGCAUCCAGCUGCAGUCAGGGAGGCUGGUCAUCCCUGCAUAUGCCUACUACUUCUCUCAUCGGCUCUGUUGCUUCCCGUUAGCAUGCAGAGUCAAACCUCAUUCCCUGAUGAUCUACAGUGAUGACUUAGGGGUCACAUGGCACCAUGGCAGGUUGAUCCAGCCCCUGGUGACAACAGAAUGCCAGGUCGCAGAGGUGACCAAGGCAUCUGGUCACUCUGUGCUCUACUGUAAUGCCCGGACACCAAACAGGCGCCGGGUGGAGGCCCUUAGCAGUGAUUGUGGUGAAUACUUUGAGGCACAGGCCCUGAGCCAACAGCUUUGUGAACAACCCCCACAUGGCUGCCAAGGCAGUGUAGUGAGUUUCCAGCCCCUGGUGAUCCCAAAUAGAUGUCAGAACUUUAGUGACAAAAAUACUCCCUCCACUCAGCAGAGCCCUCUGCUGGGCAGUGCAUUGGAACUGAAGGAAGGAGUUGGAACAGCGUCAGAAACAUGGCUCUUGUACUCACACCCAACCAAUAAGAAACAUAGAGUUGACCUGGGCAUCUAUCUCAACCAGAGUCCCACAGAGACUGCCUGUUGGUCUCAUCCCUGGGUCUUGCACCAUGGGCCUUCUGGCUACUCUGAUCUGGCUGCUCUAGGGGAAGAGGGCUUGUUUGGGUGUUUGUUUGAGUGUGGGACUGAGGAUGAGCUUGAGCAAAUUUCCUUCCGCCUAUUUACAGAAAAAGAGAUCCUGGGCUAUGUGAAGAAGGACUGACCAGGCUGUAUAUAAACCUGUGCCAAUUCAAGACUAAUUGUCUGAGGGACCCAAUUUUCCACAGAAGGGAUAGCAGAGGUUACUGAUGUCUACAGAAAAUGCAAAAACUUAAUAUUUUGUUUCAUAACAUUUUUCUCUUCUCCAAAGAACAAAAUGAAAAGUUUCCCAUAGCUAUUGCAUCAUACAGGUCACUACGCUUGGAGUUGGGAAACCAUGAUGUCAUGCUGGCUUUGCCAUUGGCCUGCUUUUGGACCUUGGACAUGUCCCAGGAACUUUCUAGGUCUCAGGUCUCCAUCUGUAAAAUGAGGACAAUGGUUCUGUGAUUUCUUGUCUUCCAUUACUAGAAUAAGCACAGUGUUGGCAUGCUCCCUGCUCAGGAAGUCCGGCUGCAUAAAGGUACUCUGUCACGUGGAAAUCAGAGGAUUUCUCUUUUCAGAUGACUCCUCACCUCGAUAUGAAGUUACACACCAGCAUCAAGGCAAGAUCAGGAAAGUUUACUCAUUUUUAAUAACAAAACCAUCCUUCUCAUUCUGCUCUGAGCUCUGCAAGUGCUCUAAAAAUUGAACAAGACAGUAGAGUCAUGAAGUCACUUGCCUUCUCCAGCAUUGCAGCUCUGCUCAACCUUUCCUCUUCAUCCAGAAAAGGUUAUCUAGGGAGAAAACUGAGAAGCUCAGUGUGAGUGUCCCUUGACAGUGGUGAUUAUUGUUUCUGGUGCCAGUACCUUUGUGAAAGAUGAGCCUGAAAUUCAUUUAACCAUUAAGGAUAGUCUCUGUUGGGAAAAGAGACACAGGUUAGGACUUUAGAGCACUGGAAAAACUGGGCAUGGUAGUGCUUGCCUAAAAUCUAGCAACUUAGGCAGCUGAGGAAGGAGGAUCUCUGGGGUCUAAGAAUUCAAGACCAGCCUGAGAAACACAAGUCAGAUCCUAUCUCUAAGACAGGUCUACAAAAAAA